AUGGCGGAAGGUGACAGCGCUCGUGCUCAUACCAUAGAAGAUUUACAUCAAUCUUUUGCAGAAUUUAAGCGAGAUAAUGGUGCAAGUGACCUUGUCAUCGUUGCCGCGCAUCGUUGUGUUGAUGGCGGCUUUGUGGAAGCAAUGGCAGAACUCUUUCUAAAUCCUGAUAACGAAGAGGUUCUAAGGUUUGUUGGAUGGGAUCUCAUUGGUUUGCUUGUGAAGUCAAAUGACAAACUCAGCAUUCAUUUGCUUGACGCAAUCGCAGAGGUCUGCAGUCCAAAGGAAGUCUGUCUUGGUAUUGAAGAACAAAUGGACACUACCUUGUCAACUCAGUGUUUCUUGAUGCUUCUAUCUCCACUAAAGAAAGCUUUAUGUAAAUUGAAGGGAAGGAGGUCSAAGUUUUUGAAGAUGAUUUUACCAAAACUGUCAAGAUAUGUGAUGGAACUMAAAGACAGUGAUGAUGAAAUGAGCAAUGAGGAUAGUUCUCCYUCAAGAAUAGGUUUAUAUGACGUACUGGAUAAAGUGAUUGGUCUAAUAGACUUGAUUGUAAAGGAUAAAACUAGAUUGGACUCACAAAACAAGGACAAUCAUUUUGAUAAUGCUGAAAACGAAUCUCAAUCUUUGGAGCUUAUAAAAUGCUUGAUUUCAUUACUGGAAAUUCUCGUCACUGAAAAUCUGAGCUCCAAGACAAGUGACACUUCAUUUUCAAGGAAGUCAUUCCAAAGCCAUGCUGUCUGUAUUGCAAAGCUUCUUUGCAAGCUGCACUACUCCGCUGUGAGUAUUAUAGAAUUUACAAUGGAGUGUACAAGAGCUUCGGGUAGAAAUGAAUCCUCUCUACGAGCAGAUUCUAAUCCAGAUGAACACAAUGAAGAAGAAGAGUCUGAACAGAUUGAAGAUUCUGAAAGUUUUCCACCUCUUGGUCUGGCAUGCUUUAGCUAUUUGUCAUUUGCAGAAGGAGCUUGCUAUGUUCCACAAGUAUUCAGUUUGGACUACUUAUUGAAAAUAAAUCUGGUUGGAAUUUUAUGUUUGUUACAAAGAUCGAAUGAAGAAAUCAAUGAAAAGGGCAUAGCGCUGCUGUCUUCACUUACAGAAAACAUUGAUAAAGGUUCUCUUGGGCACCAUUAUAUAAGACUAGAAGGAUUUMUUGAUAUUCCAAAGGCACUAAUAAACAUCAUGGUCUACAGCACUUCAAAACCUCUUAGGAUAAAAACUACACAUCUAUUACAGAAACUUAUUGCUAAGUUGGAGACGCGUGGACGAUACAUCCUAUUGAGGUAUUUGUUACUUGAUUGUAAACAUGCUGGUGUCGCAGCACUUCUUAUCCAGACUAUAAAAGAUGAGGUUCAUAGCAGCUUCAAUGUGAUUCGAGCCUYUUCAUAG